CAAAAGAUGAACUCCUUAGUGAAAUGGGCCCUUUUUCUGUUUGUCCUCGUCUCUCUUCUUUUGAAUAUAAUUUUGAUCGGCAUCUACUCAAACAGGGUACCUAAAUGUUCCUCUCAGCCCGCUCAUCAUCUGAAAGGCAAACACGACGCGCGCAGCCGCGUGUUUGCGGAUCUCACUCAGGAUGAAUAUUUGCAGGUCCAACAGUACAUGCGGAGCCAGAAGGAAUUGAAUAUAUCAACCAGGCAGCUCACGAAGCCCUCAGAGAACUUUUUGUUCUUAAUAGAGCUUUCCCUGCCCAGGAAAGCGGAGGUAUUGUCUUACUUGGACGGAAUGGGUUCCAAGCCAGUGCGCGAAGCCACCGUGGUUGUCUUUCACGGAUCCAUGGGUUACAUUAAGGAAUAUGUGGUAGGCCCUCUACCGAAGCCUACUUAUCAUAAGGAUGUCACCAAGAAGAAGUACAAAACAGAGCUGCCUAUUAACGCGCGCACGGUUACCGUCGGGGAGUAUGACUUGUUGUUAAAGUUUCUGCGGCAAGAAGUCUUCUCCAAACUGCAGAAGCUCAUGAACGAAAGUUUUGGUGCCGGCAAGAAGAUAAACAUCUUCGAGCAAAUGCCACGCGGGGUGCGAUCGGGGGACAGGAAAACAUGGAUGUCUUUCUUCAGAGACAUGAGCGGCAUGUACAUCCACCCGGUGGGUUUCGAGAUUCUCGUCAAUCACGAGAGCGUCAACGAAUCCAAAUGGCAAGUGGAGAAACUUUAUUAUAACGGUCAGUAUUUCGACACCGUGGCGGAACUUCAACAGAAAUAUGACGCAGGAUCCGUGAAAAGAAUAAUUUACAAUGAGGGGGUGGAUUAUAGCUCUUUGAAGCCCAAGCGCAAGCCUCUGCAGCUGAGCCCUUUGCAGUACUACACAGAUGGGAAACGCUUCAGCGUCAACGGGAACCACGUCCUCUACUUGGACUGGAGCUUUUCUUUUGGGUUAAGUACUCUCACUGGGAUGCGGGUGUUCGACGUGCGCUUCAAGGGAGAGAGGAUUGCGUAUGAGUUGAGUGUACAGGAAGCCAUGUCAGUGUACGGCUCAGUGACGCCCGGGAUGAUUAUCACCAAGUUUUUGGACUCCAGCAUCGGCAUCGGCCGUUUCGCGCACGAACUGGUCCGCGGCACCGAUUGCCCCCACGAAGCCACUUACGUGGAGACGUACCGCUACAUCGACGUGAAAUUACCUGUCAGAUACAGGAAUUGCAUUUGUAUAUUCGAACACAACUUUGGUCAGCCUCUGCGGAGGCACUUUGCUGACUUUUUCUCCAAUAGUUACGGGGGCUUGGUCAACAGCGCUUUGGUGUUCAGAACAAUCACUGCUAUAGGAAACUACGAUUACAUGUGGGAUUUCAUCUUCUAUCAAAGUGGAGCUGUCGAAGCCAAGGUGCACGCCACGGGUUACAUCUCGUCUUCUUAUCUGGUGGACGGCAGUUUGAAACACGGCCACCAGGUGGCAAAAAAUGUCCUGGGGAACAUCCACACGCACUUCAUCAACUUCAAAGUGGAUUUGGACGUGUUGGGAGUGAAGAAUGUGUUCCAGACCAAAGAUAUGGCGUUUGUAAAUGUGACAUUACCAUGGAUGCCUGAUCGGUCUGCUAUGGUUCCUCAGCUGGUGGAGAGACAACUUAAGACAGAACAGGAAGCAGCUCUCCGGCAUGGUACAAAAAUUCCUCGCUACCUCCACAUUGCAAGCAACAAAACCAACGCUUGGGGUCAUCAGCGUUCCUAUAGACUCCAAGUGAUGAGCUUCGCUGGAGAUCAUCUCCCAGAGAGUGAGACAGAUGAGAAAGGAAUGUCCUGGGCCAGGUAUAAAGUUGCCAUCACUAAGUAUAAGGACAGUGAGCAGACCAGCAGCAGUUUGUAUAACCAAAACAAUAUUUGGAACCCAGCAGUUGACUUCAGCAUGUUCAUCGAAGACGAUGAAAACAUUGAAGAUGAGGAUCUGGUUGCGUGGGUGACCACUGGAUUCCUCCACAUCCCUCAUGCCGAGGACAUCCCCAACACCGUAACUGUAGGCAACGGCGGAGGGGUCUUGCUACGACCCCAUAACUACUUCGACGAGGACCCUUCCGUUCACUCUGCUGAUGGGGUCUACUUCCUACCAGGCAGUGAAGAAAGCUGUGAAUACAACAGGAUGGGCUGCCUGGCUCAAGAGACCUGCAGUCCAGUGCUGGAACCCUUCAAAUACAAUGGUUUUGAGGGCGUCAUCAAGUUUAAGGACUGA